CGUAAAAUCCAGCUCAGAGAAACGUUAGCGGUUGCGUGGUCCUUAUCUUACUUCCCUUUCUGAUCUAUCUUUUCUCCGAAAUAUUAAUGUUUGCUCAUUAGUUCGGUAAAAACCCCGUCUUUUCGAUUUUCGUCUUUCUUCUUCGCGGAGCUUUUACCCCCGGCCUGUUGCUUACACGCGAGCUCUUCCAACACUCGCAAUCACGGUCUCGAAGCCCCAAUCUCUCGAUUGCAAUAAAAUAUUACAACAAACCCUAGCUUGGAUUAUUCUUACCUGACUAAUUUGACCUCAAAAUGUUAUAAAGCUCGCAUCUUGGCAUCUGUUUUUGUGAGAUUUGGACUAGAAAUCCCGGAGAAGAGGAAAAGUCCGCAGCUUGGCGAUGGAUAUCAGCAAUGAAGCAAGCGUCGAUGCCUUCUCAAUCGGCCCGUCGUCGAUCAUUGGCCGAACCCUCGCGUUGCGAGUUCUCUUCUCCAUCUCCUUCACGCAGAUUCGGCGUCAGAUAUGGGAGUUCUUGCAGCGAAUCAUCUAUCCGGUUGCGUCUUGGCUCCAUCCGAGGAACACGCAAGGUAUUCUUUUGAUGGUAACCGUUGCUGCUCUCUUUCUGAGAAAGUUCGCUGGCGGUCGAUCGGCGGCGGAUGCAUCUUUACGCCGGCGGUUUUGGCGGAACAUGAUGAAGUGCGCGCUGUCGUACGAGGAAUGGGCUCAUGCCGCUAAGAUGCUCGACAAGGAGAUGCCGUCGAGAGCGAAUGAUUCUGAGUGUUAUGAUGAGGAGUUGGUGAGGCAUAAACUCCGAGAGCUGCGGCAGCGGAGGGAAGAGGGGUCAUUGAGGGAUAUCGUCUUCUGCAUGAGGGCUGAUCUGAUGAGGAAUUUGGGAAAUAUGUGCAAUCCACAGCUUCACAUGGGAAGGCUUCAGGUUCCCAAGCUCAUAAAGGACUACAUUGACGAGGUAUCAACACAGCUGAAAAUGGUCUGCUAUUCCGAAUCUGAGGAAUUCCUCUUAGAAGAACGGCUCCAAUUCAUGCAUGAAACAAGACACGCCUUCGGCAGAACAGCCUUGCUCCUAAGCGGCGGAGCGUCUCUGGGAGCCUUCCACGUCGGUGUUGUGAAAACUCUAGUGGAGAACAAGCUUUUGCCUCGGAUAAUCGCUGGAUCCAGUGUGGGAUCAAUCAUGUGCGCCAUUGUAGCGACACGGCCAUGGCCGGAAAUUGAGACCUUCUUCGAGGAUUCUCUGCAUUCCCUCAAGUUUUUCGAUCAGAUGGGCGGGCUCUUUUCCGUAUUCAAGCGGGUAAUGACGCAAGGCGCCGUUCAUGACAUCCGCAAUUUACAAAUGAUGUUGCGGCAUCUUACGAGCAACCUAACGUUCCAGGAGGCUUACGACUUGACAGGACGAAUCCUCGGGAUCACUGUCUGCUCCCCAAGGAAGCACGAACCGCCGAGAUGUCUUAACUAUCUCACUUCGCCGCAUGUGGUUAUUUGGAGCGCGGUUACGGCUUCGUGUGCUUUCCCGGGUCUAUUUGAGGCGCAGGAGUUGAUGGCUAAAGAUAGGUUUGGAGAGAUUGUUCCUUUCCAUGCGCCAUUCUUGGAGGGGCCGGAGGAAGGUUCGGGAGGCGCGGCUCGUCGUUGGCGAGAUGGGAGCUUGGAGAUGGAUUUGCCGAUGAUGCAGCUGAAAGAGUUGUUCAAUGUGAAUCAUUUCAUUGUUAGCCAGGCCAAUCCUCAUAUAUCGCCUUUACUGAGACUUAAGGAGCUUGUGAGAUCUUAUGGAGGCAACUUUGCUGCCAAGCUCGCACAUCUCGCCGAAAUGGAGGUCAAACAUAGAUGCAACCAGAUACUUGAACUCGGUAUUCCGCUGGGAAGUAUUGCAAAGUUAUUCGCUCAAGAAUGGGAAGGGGAUGUCACAAUAGUAAUGCCUGCUACACUUGCUCAGUAUUCCAAGAUCAUACAGAACCCAACUUAUGCAGAGCUUCAAAAGUCUGUUAACCAAGGCAGGAGGUGUACCUGGGAGAAGCUUUCUGUCAUAAAGGCUAACUGUGCCAUCGAGCUCACUCUAGAUGAAUGUGUCGCGCUUCUUAACCAUUUUCGUCGACUGAAAAGGAGCGCCUCAAGGGCUGCUGCCGCCUCCUCGCACGGGAUCAGUCACGGCGCCGGUAAACAACUCACAAUAAGCCCUUCGAAACGAAUCCCUUCUUGGAAUUCUCUCGCGAGAGAGAACUCGGCUAGUUCGGUUGAAGGCGACAUGCUUGCAGACGUUGCAACUCAAAUUAAUGAAGAACGAAACAUUCAACUUUGCGAAUCGUCGGGUAAGGGAAGUGAUGGUGAGUCAGAAGCUUUGGAACUGAGUUCAUGGACGAGGGCUGGUGGUCCUCUGAUGAGGACACAUUCUGCUACCAAAUUUAUAAAUUUUUUUCACGAGCUCGAGCUUAAUUCUGAACCAAACAGAACCUGUGGGAAUGGGAACGAAGGUGAGGGUGGAGCAAGUCCUGGAAGCAUUGUUGUGACUGAGGGAGACUUUAUACAACCAGACAGGAUUGUUGACGGAAUUGUACUGAAUGUUGUGAGGAGACAAGAUUUAAGCUUGGAGAUGAGUAACAGCUCUAAAGAACAUCAAGGUUCUUCGCAGGAAGAGAUUAGUAUAGAUUGUACAGAUGAAAAUUUCUCACAAGGUUUGCCACAAACUGAAAGCUGCGCUGUUAGUUUGGAUUCAGAUUCUGGUGAGGAUGAAGAAACUGGUUCGAGUUGCUUUGACAAAUUAACACUUUGAUGCCUGCAAUGAGGCUGAGAUUAGAUGAGAUUGGUGAAUUUAAGAGUCCUUGAUUUGAAACCUUUGUAUCUUUUAGAAAUCUGCACAAGUUUUAGAGAUGAGAGAUUUAUAUUUCCUUUUGAGAGUGCAGGGAUGCCCCAAGACUGCGUCUUUGUGCCUGAAGGGAAUGAUUCUCCAUGUAACUUUAUAUCCUUAAAAUUUCUAACAGCACAAAUUUGAAAUUUUUUAUUUCAUUUUUGUGCUUUAAAAUUGAAAGAUUAAAUCUGAGUUCUUGUCCAGAAUUCCUGGGAGUGAUUCGUUGCACUGAAUUCUUCUUCUGUAUUG